AUGGCCGCAUCUGACACAGCCGACGUUGUUGAGAAGACCAAGAAGCCACCAGUUUUGUCAUCUCUGUGGGAUCUGACCAUCCUUGAGGCUUUCGACCAGGGAGCCACCACGGCCAAAUAUGUCACAUUCUACGUGGUGACUCCGGAGGAUGAGCUAUUCUUUGGCCAGCUGUUCAGACCCAAAAAGGAGAUCACUCUGGCGGAUUACAAUGCCGCGCUAGAGUAUGUCCCUGAUAGCGAAAUCUACCCCGAGGUUCCCAAAGACACGGCCCUCACAAUUGCGCCAGACCACUGGGACGACACAUCCGCCUUCGUCAAGCGACCCGGCCUCAACUCGUACGAGAGCAUGCAGGAGUCCGACUUCGUCCCCAAGGGCCUCCUCGAGGAGACGCUCAUCAUGGAGCGGCUCGCAAAGUCACCCCACCCCAACAUCAUCAACUACCUGGGCUGCCGCGUGCGCCGCGGCCGGAUUACCAGCAUCGUGCUGGAGCGUCUCGGCCAGACGCUGAUGCAGUACAUCCGCGAGCCCGAGUUUGCGGAGCUCGACAAGACCAAGUUCGUCGACACACUCGAGGCCGCCGUGGCCCACCUGCACGCGCUCGGCCUGGCGCACAACGACAUCAACCCCUACAACAUCAUGAUCAAGGACGGCGGGGUGCCCGUCCUGAUCGACUUUGGGUCCUGUCAGCCGUUCGGGGGCCGGCUGCAGUCGCUCGGCUCGCCCGGCUGGUACGAGGAGCUCUUCUUCACGUCGCAGGCCAAGCACGAUGCGUACUCGUUGAAGAAGCUGCGCGAGUGGAUUGAAAAGCCCGAGUGA